AAUUGACUUAUUGAGGUGAAAACAAAGAUUCACUCAUUCAUUCAUUCAUGAGAUGGAUCUACAAACGACAUCGUGAAUGACGUCCUUGUAAUUGUAGUUGUAGCUCCACCCACCCAACAAAAGCCACUUCACACUCCACUCUCCACAUCUCAUCCCAAUUCCACCUUCCCAACCCUAAACUCAGAUCUGUUUCGUCUUUAUUCAAUUUCAAUUUUCUGAAUCCCUCCCUAAUUGGAUUGGCGUAGAUGGAGGGAAACUCCGGGGGUGGUGGUGGCGGCGGCGGUGGUAGUAGCGGUGGAGGUGGUGGUGGUGGUGCUGACGUGGAGCUUCUUUGUAAGACUUUACAAGUGGAACACAAGCUGUUUUACUUCGAUCUGAAAGAGAAUCCUCGUGGUCGUUACCUUAAGAUUUCUGAAAAAACCUCUGCUACUAGGUCUACCAUCAUCGUUCCUUUCUCUGGCAUUUCCUGGUUUCUUGAUCUCUUCAAUUAUUAUGUUAAUUCUGAGGAUCAAGAACUUUUUAGUAAGGAAUUGCAGCUUGAUACCAAGGUUUUCUACUUUGACAUUGGAGAGAAUAGAAGAGGCCGUUUCUUAAAGGUGUCUGAAGCUUCUGUCAGCAGGAACCGUAGCACUAUAAUUGUUCCUGCAGGAAGUUCCAGGGAUGAAGGGUGGGCAGCAUUCAGGAACAUUUUGGCAGAGAUUAAUGAAGCCUCGAGGCUUUUCCUUCUUCCCAAUCAGCAAAAUUCUGAAUCCUCGGAGCGACUACUUUCGGAUGAUGUUGGUGCUGGCUUCAUAUCUGGUCAUAAUACUCAACCUGCCACCUCUUCUGAAUUGAAUGUGGACAGGUCUGUUGAUUUGCCAGCUCAGGAUGAAAUUGGGAACUUGGGGGUCUCCAAAGUGAUCAGAGCUGAUCAAAAAAGAUUUUUCUUUGAUCUUGGGAACAACAAUAGGGGCCAUUUUCUAAGAAUAUCUGAGGUUGCAGGUUCUGAUCGAUCCUCAAUCAUUCUUCCAUUGUCGGGGCUCAAGCAGUUUCAUGAGAUUGUGGGUCACUUUGUGGAAAUCACCAAGGACCGAAUUGAGGGUAUGUCAGUUGCUAAUGUCCGCACAAUUGAUCCCCCUCAAAGAUGAAUGCUAAAUUGGGGCUUGUGGUGACAAUAAGUAGUCCCCCUCUGCCAAGGUUUCGUCAGGGAUAUGAAUGGGUGUUGUCUUUGAAUCUGAUUUGUGCUAUUUUAUUUAUAUUUCUGUAGCCUCUUCCUUUUUCUCAUAUUGUUCUGCAAUUAAUGCUUUUGAAAUAAACCAAACACUUGUUGGUCAGCAUAACAAUGGGAAUAUAUGUACAAGGUUAAUUUAAAUAGGUAAUAACAGAAGGAAAAAGGACCAGAGACUUGUACUUGAUUGGAUAGUUUGGCGAUGGGGCUAUACUUUGUAAUAAUGAUUGUUUAUUUUGCUUUGCUGCACAUAUUUCACAUGGAUUUAAUUU